AUGCAGAGCGCGGCCGGAACGAGAGAGUGCCGGCAGCUGAGCGGCGGGAAGAAAGCAGCAACGCCUGGCAGGGCUCCGGUGAAGCAGCAGCUGAACAAAAAGGGGCCAGUGGAGACGUCUGCCAAGAAACCCAUGCCUUUUCUGCGACAAGUUGUCCCUGUUACAAAGAAGGUCCACAGAGACCCUCGAUUUGAUGACCUGUCUGGAGAGUAUAACCCUGAAAUAUUUAUGAAGACGUACAGCUUCCUGGACACCAUCAAGAAGCAGGAGAAGGAAAAGCAGCUGAAAAAAUGCCGGAAUAUGGAACAGAAGGAGAAACUGCAGCAGCUCCUGAACCGCAUGACACAGCAAGAACAGGCACAGAAAAAACAGCAAAAACGGAGGGAAAGGGAGCUGACUUUGAAGAGACAACAACGGGAGCUGGCCAAGCAGGGAAAGAAACCCUUCUUCCUAAAGAAGUCUGAGAAACGGAAAUUGGAGCUAGCAGAGAAGUAUGCAGAGCUAAAGAGGAGUGGAAAGCUGGAGAGCUUCCUGAACAAGAAAAGGAAGAGGAAUGCUGUCAAAGAUAAGCGCCGUUUGCCCACACAGAAGAACUUGUGA